AUGGCAAUGAGAACUUUACUUCUCGGCCUGGCCGUGGUCAGUGCAGUACAGGGCAAUGUGAUAGGCACCCGAACAAAGGUCGGAAGCCGAUCAGGCUCUGCUGUAGCAUCUGCAGAAUCGCCGACAGUGUAUAUCGACACAUACACAAGCACUGUUCAAGGCAACAGGUCAGAGUACAUCAACUCCGUGUACAAUUUCAAGGCCAUUCCAUUUGCUUCAGCUCCAACGGGUGAGUAUCGCUGGCGCCACCCACAGCAUGUCUCUGGUUGGACAGGAAUCCGAGAUGCCACCAAGUUUGCACCAUCCUGCCCACAGUCCGGAUCAACCGAUUACAGUGAGGACUGCUUGUACCUGAACAUCUGGACUCCAGACACUAUCAAACUCAACAACGUGGUGAAUAACACCGAAACCGGCAUCGGUGUUGUCCCGGCCAAUGUCUCUGAGGCAUUGCCUGUUUAUGUCUUCUUCUAUGGCGGACGUUUUGCGAGUGGUUCUGCAUCUCAGUCGACAUUUGAUGGUGCUGGUCUCGCUGCCAAGGGCGUGGUUGUUGUGACUGUCAACUACCGUCUUGGAGCACUGGGCUUCUUGUCGCAUCCCGAGUUGAGUGCCACUUCAGGAACCAACUCCUCUGGCAACUAUGGAUUGGUGGAUCAAGAGGCUGCCUUGCACUGGACAAAUGAGAACAUUGCUUCUUUUGGUGGUGAUUACUCACGCAUCACCAUCGGUGGGCAAUCAGCAGGUGCUGCCUCGGCGCUUGACCACCUCAACAAUAACCUAGCAUCUGGUCUUUUCGAGCAAGUCAUCGCUGAGAGUGGUGCAACAUAUCCCUCCAACCCACUCAUUGGUAGCCUUGCGGAGAGCUACCGUGAACUGAGUGUGGCUGAGGAGCAAGGUGUAUCAUACCUCUCUAGUAUCGGCCUCAACAAUAUUACCGAAGCCCGUGCCGCUUCUGUCGAGCUCUUCUUGGACAGUGGCAACUUGAACGACGAAACUUUCAAAGACACUGUCUUUGCCAACAACUCGGCAUACAUCGAGCCUCCCCUCUUCAGACCCGUGCUGGACGGAUAUGUCCUUCCUGCAACUUACCAGGAGAUGCUGACCCGCGGAAACCACACCAUUGCGCCCGUUUUGACUGGUGGAAAUCUGGACGAAAACGGCGCCACUCCUAGCCCCGGCUUCACUGUGGCCAGCUACAAGGCACAGAGCGCGUAUGAGUUUGGCAGCGUGGGCUUGGAGGAGGAUUACUUCAAGCUGUGGCCUGCCGGCAGCAGUAACGAAAGUGCCGACAACGCCAUCAAUACAUUUUAUCAGGACCAGACAAAGGUUUCCAUCUGGCGUUGGGCAAGCGAGUACCUAGCCGGUUCUAAGCUUAACGUUUCUAUCACUGGAAGCGACGAUACAUACCAGACUUACACCUACUACUGGACUCAUGCUCCUCCCGGUCAAGAUAAGGGCGCUUACCAUGGCAGUGAGCUUAACUAUGCGUUCAACAACUUAUAUGCCACAGACCUUCCAUGGACCUCAGAGGAUUACGAGAUUGCCGACAAGCUUUCCAGCUACUGGGUGAACUUUAUCAGUACUGGUAAUCCCAAUGGGAAGGGUUUGGCUCACUGGCCUGAGGCUACCGCUGAGAUUCCGGUCAUCAUGGAGGUUGGUGACGCUUGGGAGACUAUCGAGGUCGCCAGCGAGGCGAAGAUCUCAUUCAUUGAGAAAUGGUUCUCAAAGUGGACUGUCUAUUAG